AUGUCUGGCGAAGGAACGAUCGCCUAUUAUAUGCGAUCCAUCCCUCAGAAGGAAAAUAACUGUGGCUCGGUCGACUCAUUGGCACUCAAUAUGGCUACCCAGCUUGUCCCUCUCCCUGAAGUGGAGAGGCUCAGCGCUUCAGUGGUGAGAAUCCUAGGAGGCAACCCAGGAAAGGUGAGUUCUCUUCCGGGACUAUGCGUAAAGAAAGCCACUUACGGAAAUCUCGAAGUUCACCCUUCAAGGUAUGCCAUAAGUCAUUUACGUUCCCAAUCCACCCGCCCGCUGAAUGAUGUUUUUGCAGGCACAAACACAUACCUCAUUGGCCGAGGUCAUCAACGGAUCCUCCUCGACACAGGGGAAGGCAAACCGGCGUGGGCGGCAAAUCUCAAAACCGUGUUGUCCGAGGAAAACGCCACAGUGCACCAGGCACUUCUGACGCACUGGCAUGGCGACCAUGUUCGGGGUCUGAAUGAUUUGUUGACGAUCUGCCCCCAGGCGACGGUGUACAAGCACCAACCGGAUGAAGGACAGAAUGACAUCCAAGAUGGACAAGUGUUUAGCGUUGAGGGGGCAACGCUGAGAGCGUUCCAUACACCGGGUCACACAGUAGACCAUAUGGCGUUUGUUCUGGAGGAAGAAGAUGCGAUUUUCACGGGUGAUAACGUCCUGGGUCACGGAACCGCAGUCUUCGAAGACUUGCAGGUGUAUCUCAAUAGUCUUCAGCGCAUGCAGAACCGCGUGUCUGGCCGCGGCUACCCAGGUCAUGGGGCGGUGAUUGAGAACGCGACUGCAAAGAUUGGCGAAUACAUCCAGCACCGUCAGCAGCGGGAAAACGAGGUCAUACGCGUGCUGCGGUAUGGCAAACUGGAUGUUGCCGAGGGGGAAACAUCGCCAGAGCGGAAGGCGUGGUGGACCCCACUGGAACUGGUCAAGAUUAUCUAUCGAAAUGUGCCGGAGAACCUGCACCUACCUGCGUCUCAUGGCGUCGUGCAAGUGUUGACGAAGCUGGAGGCUGAGGGCAAGGUCGUGCAUGAUGAGACGUCAGAGCGGAUGGAAGUUGGAGACAGGGAAGUCUACUUUGUGAGGUCCAUCAUAGAAACACUGUCGGCAAUGACAUUUCGUGCACUUCUUUCCAUUGUAGAGGGCUCAUCAUACUGCUAUCUAGAAGUCAAUACUAGUUCCCGCACACUGUAA